AUGCAAUUCCGCUCUCUGCUCGUUGGUGCGAUUUGCAUUCUUACAAGCCUAUAUCAGGUAGGAUCAACGAAAAAAGGUGCCACAUAUUCAAGUGAGAUCAACACAGCAUUGGUGCUCAAACGAUCCUUGAGUUCUGAUGAUUCAAAGGCUGUCAGCAAAAGCGCUUUAUCUGAAGAUCAUGAUGUCCGUAGUGCUGCAGCCACUCUGAUGGACAUUUCUUCCAGUCAUACACCCAAACCAAUUGAUGAAAUCCACGUUCCGCAAAAGGCGAGAAGUUCAAGGAAGAGAAAAGCUUCGGAAAUUGCUCAAGCGACUACUGUUCCCAUUUACUCCAAAUAUUCAGAUAUACCAACGUCUUAUCGAGUUUUGAGUCAAAAACGAGAAUUUUUGGCAAAAAAACGAAUCGCUAACAAUUUGCGAUAUCGAAAAGCACGUGAACUUCUUGGAGGAGGUGAAAAUUCGAAAGAAGGAGAAUAUAAUGUUAGAUCAAGAAGAUUAAAAAAGAAUCCAGCAAAGUCCACGCUUAAGAAUCGUAAAUGGAUGGCAAAAAUGCAAAGAGAAGAUCCACAAAAGUUUCAAAAGACAAUAGAACGUAAAAGAGCUUCUCAACGAAAGUUUUGGCAAAGCCUUAUUGCGGAAAAGACAAAACAAAAAGGGCAAGAAAGUGAUUGA